CCUCAGCUGAUUCAAGUGAUCGUGAUUCAGCUAGGCGUCAAGGUGAACGUGGUUCCGAAACGUGUACGGCCAACUCUAAAACUAUAACUUUCUCCUUGUUUUGAUGUCAGCUCGUCACAUAAAGGAAAUAUCCGGAUGGAGGAGACUUUAACUUAAGAGCUACGGCACUGAGAGCAAUAUGUCGACUAGCUGCUACCACAAUGAAACCGUCGUCUUCUUCUACCAACAUGUGGGUAAGAAGAUCAGAGAUGAAUGGAAUCUACGGGACGCCGUGGUCAUCGGACUAGGCUUGACAGUAGCUUUGCUGGUGGUGCUCGCCAACCUGAUGGUGAUGGUAGCCAUUUUCACAAACCGCCGCUUCCACUUCCCCAUCUACUACCUGCUGGGCAACAUGGCAGCAGCAGACCUGUUUGCAGGUCUGUCCUACGCCAACCUGAUGCUGAACACAGGCCCCCGGACUAAGGACCUCACUAUGAAGCUGUGGUACAUCCGCGGGGCUUUGAUUGACGUCAGCCUCACUGCCUCCGUGGCCAACCUCCUGGCUGUGGCCGUGGAGCGCCACCAGACCAUCACCACCAUGCAGCUGCACAGCAACAUGACAAAGAGGCGUGUGGUGCUGCUCAUCAUCUCCAUCUGGGUGGCAGGGAUUAUCAUGGGACUGGUGCCUUCGCAGUUUUGGAACUGUGAAUGUGAUCUGGAGGACUGCUCCAGUGUCGCCCCCCUCUACAGCCGCCGCUUCUUGAUCUUCUGGGCAGUUCUCAACCUGCUCAGCUUUUUUAUCAUGCUGCUCAUUUACGCUCGCAUAUUCUUUUAUGUGAAACGCCAGAGUCGGCACACGUCUUCGCACACCUCAGAGGCACACAAUCAGACCAUCAUCAACCUGAUGAAAACUAUCUCCAUGGUCCUGGGUGCCUUUGUGAUCUGCUGGACACCCGGCCUCAUCAUUCUCCUCAUGGACGGCGUGCUUGAAAAGGACAAGAGCCCCGCUAACCGCUAUGAGAAGUACUGUUUGGCCAUAGCGGAGUGCAACUCUCUGGUCAAUCCAAUCAUCUACACCUUGCGGGACGCCGAGAUGCGGCGAACGUUCAAGUCGAUCCUCUGCUGUUUGUGUCGAAAAGGCGUCGGUCAGCAGAGGGAGCCUUUGCCGAUAGAAAUGGACUCGCCGACAAAAGAGCAAACCCUUGGCUACAACUCAGAAGAUAAGACCUUGUGGGAGUCUCAGGAUACAAACAGUAAAGAUGGCAAGUGGACAGUACCUGCUGUAUGAUGGAGAGAAAAAAAAACCUUUUUGUUAUAAGUGUAUAUUUUGGUAAAUUUCAUGUUGAAUUUGAAAAUGUUCAUACGAAUUAAAAAGAAAAAAAAAAUUGUACAACCGUUAGCAUUGGAGACAAGCAUUGCUCUCUCAGGUCGUUUCUUUGGUCUUUGUGCGGCUAACAAAUCCACCCUAAUCAACAGAUGGUGCAAUCUCUCCUUUUAUUACAUUAGACUAUCACAAGAGCAUUUGUGACAACUUAUAAAAUGAAACACUCCUAAAAUGAAAUACUGAAGAGAGAAGAAAAAAAAAAAUCACACUAAAUUGUUUUAUUAAUUUUCUAAUAAGAACACUACAAUUUUUGUCAUAUUCCUCCGUUUUGUUUUACUCUUUCUAGAUCAAUUCUAAAGUUGAGGUAUAAAAGGAGUUCAUACAGACUCACAAGUCUGAAAACAGUGGGGUUAUAUACAAGAGAAAUGGAAAGACAGAGGUAGAGAGAGGGGUAAAUACAAGGGCAAGAGGGAGAUACAAAUAUACUAAUAAAAACAAACAAAUGAAGGUUUACAAAGACAUUUGGUGCUGUGGAACUAACCCAGUUGCAUGAUUCAAAUAUUUAAAAAUGUUAGUUUACAAUAAGAUUUUAUUAUUGAGUUACAACUCUGCUGCAAAAUGCAUGAGCUCACAAAGUGUAUAUAUUGACAUCAAGUUUUUAGGCAUCGAUGUAUCUGCCAAUAGUCGCUGAGGCAACAAACGAGGGGAUGCAAAACGGUGCUUGUAAUUUCAGCAAACGUUUUACAGAGCAAUCAGAUUGGAAAUAAAAAA